UAUUUAGAGAGAUACACACUCCAUAGGCAGAAUGUGGGCCAUCUCAGAAAGGUGAGAGGGAGAGAGGCCGAGAGGUGUGGGGGUGUUUAGGUAAAAGUAGAUACUCCAUAGACAGAGUGUGGGCCGUCUCAGAAGGCAAGAGAGAGAGCGACCUUAAAAUAUAUUCUUAAUUCUCUUGGUUCAUAACAAAGUCCGUGCAGAAGAAAUCUAAAAGAGAGUGUUUCAGGAGCGUUAUUGUUGGAAACCCUUCUUGGAGAAGACAAAAUAAUUCAGGAUGAGUGUAUCCAGAGGUACAGGGUCAGAGAAAAGAAAGGACAAUUGAGGCAGUAGAGGGCCAGGAUGGAACGGGGGAAAUCAGUAGUGUACAGACUGAAAGUAAUUAAGCCUGAGAAGUUCCACAGUGGUUGCUAGAGGCAGGGACACGUGUGGCAUGAGUCAGGGAUCCCUGUAUUUUGGAAUUGCGAGGGAAUUGGACGCUUCUGAAUACCGUGGGUUAAUUAGCAAACAAAGCUCAUUUGUUUUUUCACAGUCAGAUCUCUAAAUUGAAGGUAUUUGUAUCCUCUUUACCACCAACAAUAGUCUUAGCCCUCUGGCUGCGGGGAGAGCUACCCAUUCUCACUUUUAGAGCACACCGUAUGUUUCUUUUGGUUGUCCUGGGGGCUAGUUCCAGGUGAGGGAUUGGGGCUUCAUGGCAAAUGAGUAUGAAGACUGUGAACAGCUAGAGUCUCAUGGCUUUUUCCUUCUUCCUCAGUUUGACCUUCUGUUGCUUGGACUGUGUGUGAGCGAAAAACCAGAAGACAGUUGCCAGCUGAACUAGUUACAAUGGACUCACAGGAAUCAGUGACCUUCGAGGAUGUAGCUGUGGACUUCACCCAGGAAGAGUGGGCCCUACUGGACACAUCCCAGAGAAAACUAUUCAGAGAUGUGAUGCUAGAGAACAUCAGUCAUCUGGUCUCAGUUGGCAAUCAAUUCUACAAAUCAGAUGUGAUUUCCCAUUUGGAGCAAGGAGAGCAACUUUCAAGAGAAAGGUUAGAUUUUCUGCAAGGCCAGACAAUUUAUUUUUUUCCAGUCAUUUCAGAUAGAGAAGAUGAUCUGAAAAAACAAAUGAUAUCCAUGCAGCAUAUCAACAAGAAGGACGCACCUUUAAUUAGGACAGUGAGCUCUCACACUCAAGAGGAUCCUCUGGAACACAAUGAUUUCAGAGAAACAUUUACUGAAAUCUUAACAUUGACUCAAUAUGAGAUACCUCAAAUGGGAAAGAAACCCUGUGUCAGCCAAGAUUUUGGAAAACCCAUCAAUUACUUGUCAUCCUUUAAUCUACAUAAGCAAAUUCAUGCUAGAAGUACAUCAUAUGAAUAUCAUCAACGUAGGAAUGCCUUUAAUCAAAGUUCUGCCCUUAGACAACACAAUAAUGCCACAACUGGAGAGAAAACAUUUGAAUGUCAUGUAUGUAGGAAAGCCUUCAGUAAAAGUUCUAACCUUAGACGACAUGAGAUGAUUCACACUGGAGUGAAACCACAUGGAUGUCAUCUUUGUGGGAAAUCCUUUACUCAUUGUUCUGAUCUUAGAAAACAUGAAAGAAUUCACACUGGAGAGAAAUUAUAUGGAUGUCAUCUGUGUGGGAAAGCCUUCAGUAAAAGUUAUAACCUUAGGCGACAUGAGAUGAUUCACACCAGAGAGAAACCAAAUGAAUGUCAUCUGUGUGGGAAAGCCUUCACUUACUGUUCUGACCUUAGAAAACAUGAGAGAACACACUUUGGAGAGAAACCAUAUGAAUGUCGUCUAUGUGGGAAGACAUUCAGUAAAACUUCUUACCUUAGACAACAUGAGAGAACUCACAAUGGAGAGAAACCAUAUGAAUGUCAUCUAUGUGGGAAGGCCUUCACUCAUUGUUCUCACCUUAGAAAACAUGAGAGAACUCACACUGGAGAAAAACCAUAUGAAUGUCAUCUAUGUGGAAAAGCCUUCACUGAAUCUUCUGUCCUUAGACGACAUGAGAGAACUCACACUGGAGAAAAACCAUAUGAAUGUCAUCUAUGUUGGAAGGCCUUCACUGAUUCUUCUGUCCUUAAGCGACAUGAGAGAACUCACACUGGAGAGAAACCAUAUGAAUGUCACUUAUGUGGGAAAACCUUCAAUCACUCUUCUGUCCUUAGACGACAUGAAAGAACUCACACUGGUGAGAAACCAUAUGAAUGCAAUAUAUGUGGUAAAGCUUUCAAUAGAAGUUAUAACUUUAGAUUGCAUAAGAGAAUUCACACUGGAGAGAAACCAUAUAAAUGUUAUCUCUGUGGGAAAGCCUUCAGUAAAUAUUUUAACCUUAGACAACAUGAAAGAACUCAUGCUAUAAAGAUAAUAAAUGAAGAGUCACCACCCAUGGCUUCAAACUAUAAACACUCUUGAGGACUCACAAUAAGAAAUACUAUGUUUUGGGUUUUUUUGUUUUUUGUAUAUAUAUAUUUAUUGAAGUAUAGUCAGUUUAAAAUGUGUCAAUUUCUGGUGUACAGCAUAAUGCUUCAGUCAUACAUGAACAUACAUAUA